UCAUGUGCCCCAUGUAAACAAAGGUUAUCCACGUAUCUUUGAACAGUGUGUUGAAUAUUCAGGGACUUGAUAAUAUUAUCGUGAGGCUAGCUAUUGAAACUCUGUUUUAUUUGACGUUUUGCCACUUGACUUUGGGCUGUACGCUAGACCUAGAUUAGUAGGCUAGUAAAGAUCAUAUCUUUGUCUUUACUAGAUCUAGAUCUAGAACUGCUACUGUGUGGAAAAGGCUCUCUCAAGUUUAUGCAGUAGCCCUAGCAAAAUGAGAGUUUUUCAUCCAGAUGUAGACAGGAAGAUGUUUUUUGACAUCGGUCAUAAUUAUUCAACUUUGAAGAACAAUGGGUUGUCACUAAUCUCCAAAAUUUUUCCAAGCAGAAAAACUGUUGCCCCCAAGUUGGACAAGUCUAAAAUACGACUUGUCAUUUAUGUGGACUCUGACCAUGGCAGGAUGCCAUACUUUGAUUCUAACGCCAUCCGGCCGGUGGAUGAAGUCGACAAGAAUGUUCUCAGAUCAGCCCCAAAGACCAUGCGAGCCAAAGGUCUCUAUUAUUCUCAACACAAGGAACCGCCGGUGCCUCAGCAAAAACAGGUUCCCAAGUUUCAUUUCCAGAGACUAGGAAGCGAUGUCAAGGUGCUGGAGGAAAUGAUGUUUGGUACUGUGGGCAUGGCCUACAAAGGGACAUCACUCAAGAUUCACUUGCUCAGGUCACCACCACAACUUAUGGUGACCAAAGUGUUCCUCCCGGAGAAGCCGCGCAGAGAAAGCAUUGGAGAUACGGAAUCUGACUCUAACAGUCUACAGGGAUCCUCGGCUGAUUUUUCAUCAGGCGAGUUCUCUUUACCAUUACGGAAGUCGAAAGAAAAAUAUGCGCGAAGUAUUCCGGUGGAUGUCCCCUCAAGAGAGAUCUUGUCUGACUACAGCACGGAUGAUGACAGCGGUUUGGCUUCAUUUACUUCUAGUGGUAGCCUGCGUACUUCCUUCCCGUCACCUAGCAACAACAGUGCCAGCAGCUACAACAGUCUCCAUCGCCGCUGGAUGCGGGCACAGACAACCACGUUGGACGGACACAGUCGUAGACAAGAUAGCAGUCUUGCCUCAGAGGGCACAGUAGCUAGGUCUCGGAAGAAGAUGUUGGCCAUCGGCAUCCUGUUUGGUCCCCAUGAUGAAAAAGAUGAGGAGAGUACCAUGUUGUUCCAGAGUUUUUUCUUCUCCCACUUUGCUCUGAUUGAGGGUCAUGUGGAAAAACUGCGCUCGGUGAUUGAAAAGGCCUACUUCAACUCUCGUAGCUUUUUGCCUGUAACAAUGGAGGCUCUAGAUACAUUCCGCACCAAUGUGUAUGACCUGUAUAUGGCGCCGCGUCUGCCAGAGCCUGUCUGGCUAACCAUGAUGUCCACCACCACGUACAAGACGAAACUCUGUGAGAAGUUCAUGCAGGAGUUUGUCUCCCUUGUUGCCAAGUACGACAACAAGAACUGUAAAUUUUUUGUGAGCACCCUAUUGUCAGCUGUGCUCACUCAGCAUCUGGCUUGGGUUGCCACAGUAACGCCUGCCGGAGGGACGCCGUCCAAGACCUACCUUGACAAGCACUCUGCCAAAUGGGUGGAUACGCUAGCGAAGACACACCCGUAUAACCCACUGUGGGCACAACUUGGUGAUCUGUUUGGUGCCAUUGGCCUCCCCCUGAAGAUCUCUCGCACGGUAGUUGUGGGCAAGAAGGCAGAUGUGGUGCGGCGCUUCCUGUACAUCCUCAGCUACUUCAUCCGCUGCAGCGACAUACAUGAAAACUCUGACCUGGAUUGCCUGAACAACCUACUGAGUCAGGCCUCCCUGGAGCUCUCUAUCUCCCCCACAGCCAGUGAGAAGACAGUAGUAGAUACCUCGACUCUCGAAGGUAGCAGCGCGAGCCCUGCGGCGACCAAUCAUCUCCUGACCUCACAGACCAGUGUGACCUCACAGACCAGUGUGGGGAGUGAUGGGGGUCAUUCAAUCAAGUCAGGGUCAUCAGGAGUGGAGUUUCCGCGGCGUGGGAGCCGCUGGGCAAACACCGAGGGUUGUUCACUCGUGAAUGAGAGCUCUGCUGUGUGUAUGUGCAAGUGUGGCCGUCCGGUACGUCUUGAUGGUGGCCCCAUGGCUUCUCAGGGUAACAACAUUGCUAGUGUAGGCUACCAGGUGGCUGGCGAUGUGGUCACGGUGGAGACAGGGGAGGGUCGAGGUCUUGCUCAAUUGACAGCCAACUCAGAUCCUUCCUCACGAAGCAGUGCUAACUCAAAGUGUGUAUCUUGUGGAAGGACUAUCUCAAGUGUGUGUGCUUUCUCAAAGGCUCAAGCAAAUUCUGUGGAGGGUGGUGCUAUUUGUCAUGCUCAAAAAGGUUCCAACAUUCCCCGUGUUUCCCAGACGUCAGUGUCAAAUGUUCCUUGUGCCAGUGAGGCCCCUGUGUUAAGUGACAUGCAUGUGGGUGUUCAUCCGAGGCUUGAACAGUCGGACAGUUUGCGUGCAGAUAUUUCUGCAAUGCUGCCCCCGUCCUCAGAUCUGCAUGCUAUGAGUGAACUGCAGAUCUUCUCACCCAACUCGUUGCCAGUUUGUAGUAUGACCUCAUCCAAGAUUAUCGAAUCUCCGUGUCGAGAGACUGUCACCAAUGUCUUAAAAGCCGCCGACACUUCUUCUGCAAUCUCCGGGAACAUUUUCUCUUCAUCUGGAGCAGAACCUAUUUUAAGAUCUCAAUCAUUCUCUGAGGGUAAGAUCAAAUCUCGUUUAUCACAGCAGCUGGAGUGUGAGGUUGUGGAUCUGACACCUGACUCCACCAAAGCCAAGACGGUUGACGUGCGGAAAUUGUUUCUCUCCGAAGGGAGUAACAGCAUGUUUGAGGAGUACUUUGAGCCUGGGGUAGAGGUGAAGACAAUAGAUGACGUGAGUGAGGUAGAGCGAGCUCUCCUUUCCUCCACUGGUUCCUCCACUUCACGCAUGUCUGCUGAGGGGAAGAAAGAGCUGGAAACUCCCAAGCCCUCGGUCUCUCGGCAGAAUAGUCAGGACAUCAAAAGUCACGCAACCAGGCCUACAUCCCUGGCGCAUCGCAGCAGGUCAAUCACCCCGACGGAGUUGAGUCGACGGCGACACCUCUCCUCCACAGGCAGCAUUGACUAUGAGAUGUUCGAUCCUGUCAACCACUGUGCCGAGAUCAAGAUGCCUGAACCUUUGACAGACUCGAACCAGUGGAACAUCAAAGCUUUUGACCGCAACUUCGGUCGCUCACUGCUUGCAGGCCACAGUAGCCACUACAUGUCAGACUUUGUCCUGCACGGCACCUCAGACACCAACUUCAAGUCACGUCUGCUGCAUGACCUGCAGAUGACUGUACAGCACUCCAUUCUUGAUGAGCCUAUUGAUGAAGCUGUGUGUGUUAUUGCUGAUACAGACAACUGGACGGUGGAAGUAGCCAGUAGCAAAGUGGUCAGCAUCUGCCCCUCGGGCUGCACCACGUGGGCGUCCUCACAGCUGGUUGCUGAUCUCAUUGAGUCAGUCGUGGAGAUCUGCAGGCUCAAGAUGAGCCCAGAAUUUUGCCUAAUGCAUUUGGAGGACCGCCUGCAGGAGAUUUAUUUCAAGAGUUUGAUGCUGUCCGAGUACCUGCGAGGAACAAGGGCCUACAACCAACGAGAGCUCACCUCUAUGCUUGGGUUUGAGAGCAGUGACAUGCCCCUUCUCCUGGCCAUCGCAGGCACCCACACGCCUAGCCUGGCACUUGGGGCCCAGUGACCAGCCUGUGAUAUGAGCCCCCUGUUGUUACAUCAAGUGCCAUAACGAUCUGCAAGGACUUUUCUUCAGAUUCCCUUUUUUCUGCAUGUUUUCCUAUCAGAGUAAGAGAUUACUUUGAUGAAUCGGCACAUUGUCUGUGUCAAAUUGUACAGAUGUGAAAAUUUUGCCAACUUUUAUCAUUUUUACUAUUUACAGAUUGAUCUGAUAUUGACAUUCUUUUUGUGCAAACAAAAUAUUCAGGGUUUUACUUUCAGUUUGAUUAAUUGCACUCAUAAAGUGCUGUACUAAAAAGCCAUUGAAAGAGCUCAGCCCUGAACAUAAAGAUGUGAUUGAAAUAGAUAUCAGGGUUGAUUACUACCUGUAGUAGGUGCUCGGUAAAAAAUUACAAGAAAUGUCCCCAGUGAUGUUUGCUGUUAGCGAUUUACAUGUGUCGGUGAUGUAAAUAAUGCUGAGUGUGCAAUCCCGGCCAUUAUGUAUUUUCUUUGAUGGCCGCUGGGUCGGGGAAGUAAAAAGUAAAGUAUGUAUUUUCUUUACAUAUUUGUAAGAGAUCUCUCCUGCUCUGUUGACCUGCUGCUUUGACUACUGGCAUAAGAGAUGUGUGGUGCCUGUCGUCAUCUUGUCUUCCAGUGUUUCCUGUUAAUCUUUUGUGUCAAUACUGUACACCAGUACGAGUAUUGUGUUUGCUCUACACCCCAAGUCCCAGAGAACGAGGACUUUGAUGCCACCAAUCAGUGAACUCAUCUCAGUGCAGGCCUUCCCAACAGCCAGAACAAACAAAGAGUGCUGGCUUUGAAGUACACCUUGUGUAUAUGUGUCCAGAUUCCCAUAAAUAUUAUCCACAUUCCACAAAAGUUUGCUAAAGGGAAGUAAACCCGUUCUUUAUUUUGGUGUGAGGCAGGUGCUUACAUUGUAUACAAAUGAAAAUAAGUACUAUCUCAGAGAUGGAAUAUACUUUGUGUUAUAGUGAAUAUAUAGGUGGUUACCAUGAUUCUGGCUGGUCUGCAAGCCAAAGAAAGGUUGAUUAGCUAGCCGUUUAGAUUUUUGUAUCACCCACGUGCAUGUCAGGGGGAUUAAGGAUGGGUAGUUAUUGAUUUGUCAAAUCUUUGUAAACUUUUGUAGUUCAGAUGUAUACUGUGACAUGCACAGAGCUACAGUGGUUGUUGUCUUUUGCUUAAAUUGGAUUGUCCAUACUUUUCUUUUGCAUUAAAUUAUGAGAGGGGAAAACAGACUUGUAUUGCAGAUAUGAUGGUGUGUGACCCCAGAGACCCAAUGCUUCACAAUGUUGAUUUGGAAUUGUCUCUCUUUCUGUAUCAUGUGUAUAUCUGCCAUGGGCUACUGUUUGGUGGCCUCAAAUUGAUCUUUACAUUUCUAACAGCAGGAUACUUGCCAAAUGCUACAAUGCAAACUGGAAAGCAAGGUAGCAAAAAAGUGAUGAGUUAUGAAAGUAUGCUUGCAUAGAUUUUGCACCUCCAUCCCUGACCAAUGCUUGCUGCUGUGCUAGUCAGUUGUACAUGAUGUAUAGGGUAGGCUGAUGGUCUGGAGGGUACCUCAUACAGGCUACUCAGAUAAAGGAAGUGCUUGGUGCAAUUUGUUACUUAGAAUUUGUGAUAUUACUCCAAUGGUGAAAAUCUGUGUUCCAAUGAUAAUUAAAGGAUUGUUUUUAAUGA